AUUGUGUUUUGUGUAGAGUGUUGGAAGAUGCUUGCAAAAACGAUGAAGAGCUUCGAAGUGUUCUUGGUGAUAGCAUUGGGAACCCUGAACUCAUGAAGCAAAGGGUUGAAGAAAGGGUUCGAAAGACGGGUCGAGAUUUUCGCAAGUCCAAAAUGGGUUCCGUCCUUGCUUUCAAAGUCAGCUUUAGGGACUUCAAUCCUGUUGACUCCUACAUAUGGUUUGAAUUAUAUGGAUCACCAUCUGAUCGGGAUGUUGACCUUCUUGGUAGUGUUAUUCAGUCAUGGUAUGCCAUGGGGCGCUUGGGUGCCUUUAAUUCUUCUAAUCUGCAGUUGGCAAAUGCAGCAAUGGUGCAAUAUCCUCUCUAUGAUGCAGAUAAGGGUUUUAAAGUGAUGCCAUCAUCAUUUCAUGACAUCAGUGAUGUCGAGUUUCAGGACAACUGGGGCCGUGUUUGGGUAGACCUUGGUACAUCCGAUUUCUUUGCCAUUGAUGUGCUCCUCAACUGCCUGACUUUGCUGAGCUCAGAAUAUUUGGGCAUUCAACAGGUUGUUUUUGGUGGUCGGCGAAUGGGUGAUUGGGAAGAAGGGAUGACGAGCCCCGACUAUGGAUACAAGUAUUUUAAGAUCUAAAAUGAGACUGAAUUUGAAUACUUAUCGAUUCAUUUCCAAAGCAUAUAAUGUACAAAAGUCCGACUGGGAUGAGAUACACCAUAGUCUGCAUGAAAUUUCAACAUCAAUGACACUUCAGAAACAAGAAGGCGAGGCGUAGAGUUGGCAUGAUACGUUAGAGGCAGCUUCGCAUCCCGAUUUUCGACAUCAAAUUGAUCAUUUCUAAGGAUAUAGAAGAGCAGAGAAUCACACUUGGAUCGACACAGUGCCUGCCUUCGUGUAUGGUUUUUAAAGUUACAUUCAAGUGAGGUUCAAUCAAGGUUUAUUUAUUUAUUUUUCACGUUUUUGGGAUGACAAGUUAAUGUGAAAUUUCUCUUUCAAGUUUUUUGGGCAACAACAAUUUCUUUGUGAAUUUGAUGGAGGGGUAUUGAUUGGAUUAUUAGAUGUAGAGGCUUAAAAAUUAUGAGUAAUGAAUCCUCUGUUGCCCAGUU